CUCCAUCGUCUUUGGUCUCAACAUCCACAGUUACUCCACCAUGAAGUACCUCCUGGCAAUCGUGUUGGUGGGCGUGGCGUCUGGUCUGCCUGGUCUCCGUCGUCGCCGAGACAGUAGUCCAGACUUCUUCGAGCUGCCGUCCAACGCCUCGCUCAUCCUGGGGUCAAUCACCUCGGGGUUCGGCUGUAGUGAUCUGCCCUACGGCUACUACGCUGACGAGGCCAACAACUGCGCCAUCUUCCACGUGUGUCUCCCCUACAUCAACUUCGGCCAGAUCAUCACCAGACAGUUCUCGUUCAUGUGUGGGGAGGGCACCGUCUUCGACCAAGAGAACCUUAUUUGUGACUUUCCGGAAAACGCUCUCCCCUGCAGCAGCGCCCUCGAGUACAGGCGAGUCAACGAAUAUUUCGGACGCACCGACAGGAACUUCCUCGAAUAGUCGACGAUCGAGUAAUAAGAAUGGUUUUGUUGCUCGUAAUAUGGCAACUUAGCAACACUAUGAUCAAUAUUCACAAGUUUUAAUUCAUCCUUUGUAUCGUCCUGUUACUCUUUGUUUUGUUUUGAACAUUCCUAGCUAGUUUUAGGACACUGUUCUUGGUGCUGUAAUAUAUGUUUUCUGUGCUGUUGUCUUAGCUACCGAGUUAUUCAUCCCUUUAAUACUCUCAACAUGUGUAUUAUACCCUGAAGAAACUUUAUCACAACUUGAAAAUCGUCCUUCUUUAGCCUCCUGUACAACACUGUCAUGUAUCUGUCCUAUUGUUAAAAGUUUAUCAUAAUAUUACUAACAUUAUUUCUCAGUAAGUACAAAUUUUAUUGUUGUCUAUAUAAUUCAAUUUAAUAAAUCUGCAAAUGUUA